AUGGAGUUUAAUCCGCAAACUGGCACAACAAAGGGGAAUUGGGUUGAAGCAGUUAAUCGACUUGCUAAUUUGACUGAUUCGAGACUUGAGAAAAACAAAAUCAUAAAAUAUGUUGGAAUCGGUGGCGAGAAAACCGCAGGUAAUUGUAUUGAAUUGUACGAUUUUCCUGAUAGAAUAGUUGAUAUCAAAGAAGCUGAAAAGUUGAAAUUUAUUGUGGAUUUAUGCAUCCGGAAGGCCAAAGUCAAAUUCCCCCCGAUUGAAGUUGAAACAGUAACAAAUAUUG